GGUGCAGCGGAUGGAAAAGUGAAGGUUGAGCGAGGAAAAGCUUCAUUCACACACACAGAGAAAAACGAAACAGCAUCAUGGGUUCAGAAAUGGAGCUGACGUUCACCGAGGAUCUGCAACUGACAGAGGUGAUGCGUUUGCGGGUGCAGUCGCUCCAGCAGAAGGGUCAGAAACGGCAGGACGGGGAGCGUCUUCUGCUCCCACACGAGUCUGUCUACCGGCUGGACUUCAGCGAUCAGGAUCUGAGCUUCAGCCGCUGGAACGUGAGUCUUCAGGGAACAGGCCGUUUCACCGUAACCGGCAUUUGCCAGCUCUGGACGCCCGACCUGACCCACCUGAUGACCCGCCAGCUGCUGGAGCCCAUUGGACAGUUCUGGAGGAAUGCCGGAGACCCUGAGGACUCACCUAUUAAAUGCCUUGAGGCGGAUAUUCAGGAGUUUGGGGAGCGGAUCGCGGAGCUGGCCCGCGUACGCAAAGUCAUGUAUUUUCUGAUCGCAUUCAAGGAAGGAGUGACCAAAGAGAAAAUCUCCUGCUCUCUGACCUUCUGCAAAAACUGAGGCGCUUUUUGAGGUCAGACGUAUCGUUUGUGUUUAGAUCUAGAGAUUUGACUAUUAUCCUGUAGUACAGAGAGUUACUAAGAGUUACUAAAACAGUAUGUAAAGCAUUUUUAUAGCCUAGUCUGCUUGUGGGAUUGGCUUUAAUGGAAAUGCAUUAAUUAUAUUUACUAAUGCUGCAAAGAUAAUCACC